AUGGCCGAACGAUCAGCUGAGAAUGCCAAGGAGUCGUUACAGGACCACUCCGAGGACAAGCAGAAUCCUUUGGCAUCACAUACCAAUCCCAAUUCCAAGCCAGGAAUCACGUUUGCAGCACAAGACAAGCUUCCUAAGCUACCAAUCCCAGACCUAGAGGCAACAUGUCAGAAGUAUCUGGAGUCGAUCGAUCCUUUGCAAGAUGCCAGAGAGCACCACGACAGUGAGCGAGCAGUGCAGGAGUUCCUACGCACCGAUGGACCGGCAUUGCAGGCGAAGCUCAAAGCCUACUCAGAAGGCAAAAGCAGCUACAUUGAGCAGUUCUGGUACGAUUCAUAUUUGAACUACGACAAUCCCGUGGUGCUGAACCUGAAUCCUUUCUUCUUACUCGAAGAUGACCCGACGCCAGCUCGGAACAAUCAGACCACUCGCGCGGCGUCUCUGGUUUGUUCCGCACUUUCAUUUGUACGCGCUGUUCGAAAGGAAGAACUCCCGCCCGACCAGAUGCGCGGUCAGCCUUUGGACAUGUACCAAUACUCACGUCUCUUUGGCACGGCUCGUAUUCCGACAGAGAAUGGAUGCCAGAUCGGGCAGGACCCUGCUGCAAAACAUGUGGUUGUGCUCAGCCGUGGACAGUUCUACUGGUUCGAUGUGCUGGAUGACAACAACGAUCUCAUCAUGACCGAGAAGGACGUCAGCUUGAACCUUCAGGUCAUUGUUGAAGACGCAGAACAGACCCCCGUACAUAGUGCCGCGAAGGGAGCUUUGGGUGUGUUGAGCACUGAAAACCGGAAGAUCUGGUCGAGUCUGCGUGAGCUCAUCAGCAAGGACGAGGGUUCGAACAACAGCGACUGCCUUAACAUUGUCGACUCUGCCCUGUUCAUCCUUUGCCUCGACGACACCGAGCCAAACAAUAGCGCUGAUCUGAGCGCGAACAUGCUUUGCGGGACGUCAAUCAUCGAGCGAGGCGUACAAGUCGGCACCUGCACGAACAGAUGGUACGAUAAGCUGCAGAUUAUCGUUUGCAAGAACGGCAGCGCUGGUAUUAACUUCGAACACACCGGUAUUGAUGGUCACACGGUGCUUCGUUUCGCCUCCGACGUGUACACGGACACCAUCUUGCGCUUCGCGCGCACCAUCAACGGACAAGCUCCUUCACUAUGGGCAUCUCAAUCACCCGACCCAUCCAAGCGCGACCCCAAGAGCUUCGGCGAUGUGAGCACAACGCCACACAAGCUCGAAUGGGAUAUGGUUCCAGAGCUAGCAACUGCCCUCCGCUUCGCAGAGACCCGCCUCGCAGAUCUGAUUCAGCAAAACGAGUUCUACACCCUCGAGUUCGACGAGUACGGCAAGAAUUUCAUGACCUCAUGCGGCUUCUCACCAGACGCUUUCGUCCAAAUGGCUUUCCAAGCCGCUUACUUCGGCAUGUACGGCCGCAUCGAAAGCGUCUACGAACCCGCCAUGACCAAGAUCUUCUACCAUGGCCGCACAGAAGCAGUUCGCUCAGUCACCAACGAAAGUGUAGAAUUCAUCCGCACCUUCUGGGCCGAUACGUCCCCGGCAAAGAAAGUCGAAGCCCUCAAGAAAGCCUGCGAAAAGCACUCCGCUCUCACCAAAGAAUGUGCCAAAGCUCAAGGUCACGACCGACACCUUUACGCCCUGAUGUGUCUCUGGCAACGCCAAGUCGACGGCGAUGCAGAAGUCAACAGCCUCAACGGCGACGGCGGCAGCGUGAACGGCUGGAGCUCCCCCACCAGUGACCGCGACCCUACCAGCUCCUCCGCCUCCCCGAACCGUGACAGCACCAUGUCCGACGAAGGAAGCAUCCAAUCAACCUCCCCACCCCGCCAACAAAUCACCCUCCCUGCCCUCUUCGCCGACGCAGGCUACGAUAAAAUCAACAACACCAUCCUCUCCACUUCCAACUGCGGCAACCCCUCCCUCCGCCACUUCGGUUUCGGCCCAACCAGCGGCGAGGGAUUCGGAAUCGGCUACAUCAUCAAAGACGGCAGCAUCUCCGUCUGCGCCUCCAGCAAACACAGACAAACGCGCCGCUACAUCGAUGCGCUGGAAAGUUACUUCCUCGAAAUCAGGAAACUCCUCAGACAAACCCAACGACGCGGCACGGGAGGCGACAAGAACGCUAGCAGAGCGCGAGAAGCAGAGGAGCAGAGACCUAAGGGGACCAGGCUGAAGAGUCGCGGACGUCUUGUGGUUGGGGAGCAAGUCGGCGGUGCGGCUGCCCCGAGUGCGGACGAUAGUGGAAUGGCUAGUGAUGAUGAGUUUGGUGGAUAUGGAUUCUUCGAUGCUGGAAUGCUGCAGCAGGCUCUGAGGGCCAAUAAGGGGAGUGAGGAGGAGAGGCCGAGUGAGAAGGUCCAGGCGAGGAGGGAGGUGGGGAAGAAGUUGAGGUUGAUGGAGUACUAG